AUGGAGACAGCGCAGAUAUGUGGAUGGAGUGAAAGAGAAAAAGAGGGCGGUUUUGAGAGAGAGGGAGAGAGAGAAAAAAAAGAAGUAAUGAAUGAAAAAGAAUUGAUAGCAAGCGAUUCAUUAUUCCAUGCGCUAUUAUUUAAAGUGGAAGUAAAGAAUCACUUUCUUCCGGGAUAUCACCAAGAUGACUGA